ACCCCUCGCAAAAUCGUAUCACUUAUCGAACAAUGGCCGCGGUACUCGGACGUGUGAUUGUGUACGGGGGCAAGGGUGCCCUCGGCUCGGCUUGCGUAUCGCAAUUCAAAUCGCAAAAUUGGUGGGUUGGCUCUAUUGAUAUGAAGCCAAAUGAACAAGCAGAUGCAAAUGUGAUUGUAAAUCCUGACGGCGACUGGCAGCAGCAGCAAACUGAGAUCUUGGCUCAAGUUAAAGAUACAUUGAAAGACGAAAAAGUUGAUGGCAUUAUCUGCGUGGCCGGGGGAUGGGCCGGUGGUAAUGCGGCGCAUAAAGAUUUCGUGAAAAACAGCGAUUUAAUGUGGAAACAAAGCGUUUGGAGUUCCGUCAUAGCUGCCAGUAUCGCGGCUAAAUACUUGAAGCAAGGAGGAUUUCUUUCUUUGACUGGUGCUAAGCCGGCGCUAGGCGAAACACCAGGGAUGAUCGGCUAUGGUAUGGCAAAGGCAGCUGUUCAUCAGUUAACAAAAUCUUUGGCGGCUAAAGAUAGUGGUCUUCCUUCCAAUAGUUUGGUUGCUUGCAUCCUACCGGUUACUUUAGACACGCCAAUGAACAGGAAAUGGAUGCCUAAAGCUGAUACAAGCACUUGGACUCCACUCGAGUUUGUGUCAAACUUGUUCUGGAAAUGGUCUCAAAAUCAAGAUCGGCCUACUAAUGGUACUCUUCUGCAACUAAUUACUAAGGACAAUAAAACGGAGCUGAUCGCAGCUUAAAGAUAUCAAGUGAAUAAAAUUCAUGGGAACAAAAGUCUUGGAGCAUUUAUGACAAUACGAUAAUACAUAUAUCUUGUUUAUUGUUACAUGGAGUGGAGAGAUAUGUUCAUGAGACGGCAAGUCCUCCAAAGUGAUUGAAAGUUCUUAUUUUUGUAUCAAGAACCGAUAUAGUUUUUUUAUGUGUUUUUAAACGUCCAUUCCAACACUAUAUUUUUGUAUGUUAUUGUAUACACAAGUCGUUUACUUACUUACAAGGAGAGGAUACUUUUUAUGCAUGUGUAUACACAUGUAUUGACAUAUUUGUUUUUGUUGUGAAUGUAGAACACAUAUACAUAUACUAUAUUGAAUGUUGCAAAAACAAAACGAAAAAAAAAGAUCACUUAAAGCAUCACGAA